CAAGCGUGUCUACGAAUGUACGACAUACAGCCAUCUGAUUUUGUUUUUUAUCGUUUUCGCCAAAAAUAUGUCACUGCGCAUAGACGAUUAUAUAUUUGAGACAGUGUUGGGACAAGGCUCCUUCGGAUCUGUUUAUUUAGUACGACGGAAGAAAGAUUCCAAACCAUUCGUUGUCAAGGAACAAAUUCUCGAUGAUGUAAAUGCAUUACCUUUUAAGAACAUAUUAGAGGAAGUGAAAUGUUUGCAUACGUUGAGGCACACUAACAUAGUGGCAUACUAUGGAGCCUGGAUAGAGAACAAUCACAGUUACAUUCUUAUGGAGUAUGCAACGCGUGGCACUUUGAAAGAUCUAUUAGAAAACAACGAGACGCCGCUCAAGGAGGAAGAUGCGCUGUACUUGUUCUCCCAAGUCGUUCUAGGAGUUCAUCACAUUCAUUUCAAAAGGAUCCUUCACCGUGACCUGAAGCCAGAGAACAUUAUGCUGACUGGAAGCCGCGGCGACAUUGUGAAAAUUGGUGAUUUCGGCGUCUCGAAGAAUUUCGCCGAGUAUCAUUCACUAUUAACGAAUUCGUCCAUCGUGUGCCGUGCCGGAUCUUUCCGUUAUAUGGCUCCGGAAAUGCUGAGGGACCAGUCUUACGAUUUCAAAUGCGACGUAUGGAGCAUGGGUGUCAUUCUCUACGAGAUGGUCGCGAAGAGACAUCCUUUCCCCGCUACGACUCUAACGGAUAUCGUACGAAUGAUCUGCGAGGAGAGCCCACGACCUCUCCCCGAGGGAACGUCGACGCCUAUUAUUAGUCUGAUAUCAAAAAUGUUGAGGAAAGAUUCGCUUCACCGGCCAAAGAUAGACCAAUUGGUCGUUUGCCCUUACCUGGUGCCUUUCAUCAUUAGAAUAUACUUGAACCUGGGACGAACAUCGAACGUUGUUAACAAGAGAAACGGGAACUACGAUCCGGAAAUAUUUCUGAGAUUUCUAAAAUCGCAAGUAUUCAAUAGUACAAUGUGUACAUUUUUUUUUCUGUAGGCAACUAUCUUGUUCAUUUGCAUUCAAAUAAUAUACAUGUGCAGUAAUUUGCAUCAUAUGCUAUCCGGAAAUAUUUCUGAGAUUUCUAAAAUCGCAAGUAUUCAACAGUACAAUGUGUACAUUUU